AUGCCGGUGUUUCACACAAAGACGAUAGAAAGUAUCCUGGAGCCGGUGGCUCAGCAGAUCUCCCAUCUGGUGAUCAUGCAUGAAGAGGGCGAGGUGGAUGGCAAGGCGAUCCCCGACUUGACGGCACCGGUGGCGGCCGUGCAGGCGGCGGUGAGCAACCUGGUCCGGGUUGGGAAGGAGACUGUCCAAACCACAGAUGACCAGAUCAUGAAAAGGGACAUGCCACCAGCAUUUAUCAAGGUUGAAAAUGCAUGCACUAAGUUGGUCAAGGCCGCUUCCAUGCUGAAAGCCGACCCAUACUCGGUUCCUGCUCGAGACUACCUCAUCGACGGCUCCCGGGGUAUUCUCUCCGGAACCUCUGACCUGCUCCUCACCUUCGAUGAAGCAGAGGUUCGCAAAAUAAUCCGGGUGUGCAAAGGAAUCCUGGAAUACCUGACUGUUGCAGAGGUGGUGGAGUCCAUGGCGGACCUUAUAACAUACACAAAGAACUUAGGACCAGGGAUGACCAAGAUGGCCAAGAUGAUCGAUGAGAGGCAACAGGAGUUGACUCACCAGGAGCACCGCGUCAUGCUCGUCAAUUCCAUGAACACAGUCAAAGAGCUGCUCCCAAUCCUCAUCUCAGGAAUCAAAAUCUUUGUGACUACCAAGACGUCGGGGAGCCAAGGCGUAGAGGAAGCCCUGAAGAACCGAAACUUCACUUUCGAGAAAAUGAGCGCUGAGAUCGUUGAGAUCAUCCGAGUUUUGCAGCUCACGUCUUGGGACGAGGAUGCUUGGGCCAACAAGGACACAGAGGCCAUGAAACGAGCUUUGGGGCUCAUCGACUCCAAGAUGGCUCAAGCUAAAAACUGGCUGCGCGAUCCCAACGCCCCACCGGGUGACGCAGGCGAGCAGGCCAUCCGGCAGAUCCUGGAUGAAGCCGGCAAAGUCGGCGAAUUGUGCACAGGGCGGGAACGGAGGGAUAUUUUGGGCACGGCCAAGACUCUGGGUACGAUGACGGACCAGGUGUCUGAGAUGAGGGCCAGAGGUCAAGGCGCGUCCCCAGCUGCCAUGCAGAAAGCGCAGCAGAUCUCCCAAGGUCUGGAUGUCCUGACCGGUAAGGUGGCAAACGCCGCUCACAAGCUGGAAGCUAUGACCAACUCCAAGCAGGCCAUCGCCAAGAGAAUGGAUGCCGCUCAGAACUGGCUGGCAGAUCCGAAUGGUGCUCCGGAAGGGGAGGACAACAUCAAGGCUCUCCUCAUGGAAGCCAAGAAGAUCGCGGACAUGUGCGAGGACCCCAAAGAACGGGACGACAUCCUGCGCUCUAUUGGUGAAAUCGCCGGAAUGACCGCCAAGUUGACGGAUCUCAGGAGACAGGGAAAAGGCGACACCCCCGAAGCCAGAGCCUUUGCCAAACAAAUUGCCACGGCCCUGCAGAAUCUGCAAUCGAAAACAAACAAAGCCGUGGCCAACAGCAGGCCCGCCAAGGCUGAUGUCCACUUGGAAGGAAAGAUUGAGCAAGCCCAGCGCUGGAUUGAUAACCCCUCCAUUGAUGACAAUGGCGUGGGCCAGGCGGCAAUCCGAGGGCUGGUGGCCGAGGGUCGCAGGCUGGCCAACGCCCUGCCCGGCCCCUACAGGCAAGAGCUGCUGGGAAAAUGCGAGCAGGUGGAGCAGCUCAUGGCGAAGUUGGCUGACCUGGCAGCUCGUGGCGAGGGCGACUCUCCUCAAGCGCGUGCAAUCGCUCAAGAGCUACAGGAGGCCCUAAAAGACCUCAAAGGUAAAAUGCAAGCAGCGAUGACUCAAGAAGUUUCUGAUAUCUUCAGCGAUACCACCACACCCAUUAAGCUAUUAGCGGUGGCUGCUACCGCCCCCCUGGAUGCGCCCAACAGGGAUGAGGUUUUUGACGAGCGGGCCGCCAAUUUUGAGAACCACGCCAACAGGCUUGGCGCCACAGCGGAGAAAGCGGCUGCUGUGGGCACGGCCAACAAGAGCACUGUGGAGGGCAUCCAGGCGGCUGUCAAGUCCACCAGAGAUUUAACGCCGCAGGUGGUGUCUGCUGCCAGGAUCCUGCUGAGAAACCCAGGCAACCAAGCUGCCUACGAACAUUUCGAGACCAUGAAGAAUCAGUGGAUCGACAAUGUGGAGAAAAUGACCGGUCUGGUGGACGAGGCCAUUGACACCAAGUCCCUCCUGGAUGCAUCGGAGGAAGCCAUCAAGAAGGAUCUGGACAAAUGCCGCGUCGCCAUGGAUAAGCAGCAGCCGCAGAUGCUAGUCGCUGGUGCCACCAGCAUCGCCCGCAGGGCCAACCGCAUCCUCCUGGUGGCCAAGCGCGAGGUGGAGAACUCUGAGGACCCCAAAUUCCGCGAGGCGGUCAAAGCGGCGUCCGAUGAGCUCAGUCAGACAAUCUCACCCAUGGUCAUGGACGCCAAAGCCGUUGCCGGGAACAUCCAUGAUCCCAAUCUCAGAAAGGGCUUCUUGGACUCGGGGUACAAAAUUCUUGGUGCAGUUGCCAAGGUCAGGGAGGCUUUCCAACCUCAAGAACCCGACUUCCCACCACCGCCUCCUGAUUUGGAUCAACUGAAUCUCAACGACGAGCCUGCUCCACCCAAACCUCCGCUUCCCGAAGGCGAGGUUCCUCCCCCCCGGCCUCCUCCGCCAGAGGAGAAAGACGAAGAGUUCCCCGAGCAGAAGGCCGGCGACAUGGUCAAUGAGCCCAUGAUGGUGGCUGCCAGGCAGCUUCACGACGAGGCCCGCAAGUGGUCCAGCAAGGGUAACGACAUCAUUGGCGCAGCCAAGCGGAUGGCCCUGCUCAUGGCGGAGAUGUCGCGACUGGUGCGCGGCGGCAGCGGGAAUAAGCGUGCCCUCAUUCAGUGCGCCAAGGACAUCGCUAAGGCGUCCGACGAAGUCACGCGGCUCGCCAAGGAGGUCGCCAAACAGUGCACUGACAAGCGCAUCCGGACCAACCUGCUCCAGGUAUGCGAACGUAUUCCCACCAUUAGCACCCAGCUCAAGAUCCUGUCCACGGUCAAGGCCACCAUGUUGGGUCGGACCAACAUCAGCGAAGAAGAAUCAGAACAGGCUACGGAGAUGCUGGUCCACAACGCUCAGAAUCUGAUGCAAUCUGUAAAGGAGACUGUGCGAGAGGCCGAAGCGGCUUCCAUCAAAAUCCGCACGGACGCCGGGUUCACCCUGCACUGGGUCCGCAAGACUCCAUGGUACCAGUAA